UCGAAGAUAGAAGCGCACGCGUCGCGAAAUUACAUUAAACGAACAUCGAUAAUUUAAACAUUUAAUGCUAUAGUUAAAACUUCAGACAAGUGAUAUUUCAAGUGCCGUUAAGACAUCUAAAUACUCACAUUUUAUUCAUAUAUUUAACCUAUAUCUAAGUAAUAGUUAUAAAAGGUUAAGCUCAGUGAAGAACCUUCCAGGUCAUAAGUUAGUAUUACGGAAACGAAGCGAUGAAAAUUGACUGUUACUAAUCAAGUGCGCGUAGUGUAGACAUGGAACGUAAAUUUUUCUUUUUCUGGUGCGCAACGUUGAUAUGCUGUUUCGUUGCUAGUGCGAAGACGGGUAAUCGAGUCAAGAGUCCGGCGACGAGAUUCACAUGUCAAGGUCGAGCGUCCGGCUAUUACGCAGACGUCGAGACUGGUUGCCAGGUCUACCACAUGUGCGAUGACCUCGGCCGGCAGUUCAGCUACUCCUGUCCAAACACGACGCUGUUCCAACAGCGUAUGCUAAUCUGUGAUCAUUGGUACAUGGUAAACUGCUCUAAUUCCGAGAGCGAUUAUGACGCGAAUCUACUCAUUGGUCAAAGGGACAAGCCGUUUGUGUCUGAUGAGGAAAUGCGUCUCCGAACACCUCGACCUGAUAUUCUAUCUGUGCCUCCUAAUGAUAAGUACUACGAUGGAUUAAGAGAAGCUGAAACUAAGUUUCCAAUUCAUCCUGAUAACAGCAUUGUUGGAAUAUCAGAUUCAAUUUUAAACUCUAACGACUUAGAUGGUGACAAACCAAGCUACAGACCACCAAGUUCCUGGUCGAUGAGCACCAAAAAGAAACCACGUCCAGUUAAUAUCGAUACUGGUACUUCGAAUUCCAAUUAUUUUAACAAUGUGAGAGUAAACUUUAAUGAAGGCGUUGGUAAUGAUAAGAAAAUAUCUUCUCAAAAUCCUAGUAAAUUUCCUUCAAUUACUAAUAAUCGACCUCGUGGAAAUAUUAAUCCACCAUCCCAGGACUUGACUCCACCAUUAUUACCACCAACUACAACUGAAAGAAAUGAUGAUUUGGAACUAGAUACAGUUAUCACUCCAGACCCCGUGUUCAAUUUCAUAAAACGUUUUGAUCCAAAUUCUCCAGACUCAAUUAAAACAACGAUGACCAAGAAUGAAAUUAUUGAUCUUAAUCACCAUUUACCUGCUGGUCAGGCUAGUUCAGAAGAAGAUAGAACUCCACGCAAAAACAAGAAUUUCGGAAAUAAUUUCAAUGUGCUGCAAGCUGAUAAAAAGAAAAGUUCUACUGAACGGUCGCGGUUUAAUUCAGUUAACGUAAAGUCAGAUUCCGAUUCAAACAUAGAAUCUUCUAAUGUCCAAGUAGCAAAGCCAUCUAGGGAGCUUUUGCCACCCAAGACUGACAUAACAGAAUUGGCAUCGACAACUAUGGGACCGCCUAUUUACUAUGAAUGGAAAUGGGCGGUACCAGCGUUUGACUUAGAGCCUCCUAAGUUAAACAACGAAACCAACACAACAACACCUAAACCAGUUAAGCCUGGGAAGAGACCAUUCAGCGUUGUAACACGUUCGACACCAAAAGUAGUUGACCCAACGCCGAGUAAUACCGAGUACAACAUUAGUUCUUAUUUUGUACCGGAUUACGUGUUUCCUUUAGAUGGACCUCAUCCAGGAUAUGACGAUGAGGAUGCGCAUACAUCAUUCCAGGUUCAAGUAUCUAGACCUGGUAGGGCAAGCUAUGGAGAAAACCCGGCUUGUCCUCAUUGUCAUCCAGCGUAUCUUAAUCCUGGGACUUGCGAACCUUGCAUUGUAAAGCGGUAACAUCAAAUUAUCGUAUAAUGACUUAACAGAUUUAAGUUUUUCACAGCCAUUCCAAUCCUCAUAAUUGUUAUUUGCAGCAAAACAUAUUGCAAAUAGAUGGUAAUGAUAAAAUACGACAACUUCAUUAAGUCGAGUUGACAAUAAACGAUUAAAUAAUAUUUAUUUGGGUAAAAAAGUUUAAUAAACAUAAUAUAGAUUUGUUAGUGUUUUGAUUUAAAAUAAAUGACUACGUUUAAAUUUUAGGAUAGUCACUUGUAUGUAUCUGUAGGUAAAGAGCGACGACAUAAAAGUUAAUGUCGAAUUUUACAUACUAUUUUAUUAAUAUGUAUUAGUAGCAAUGUAAUGAUUGCAUAAUAAUUUCAUAAACGUAAAAUCCUGCAAAUAUCCCACUGCUGGGCCAAGUCCUCUCCUCCUUUUUUGUGGAGAGGAUUUUGAGCUUACCUCACCACGCUGUUUCAAUGCUGGACUUCUACAGGUUUCAACACGAUGUUUUCGUUUAUCGCCGAGCACGAGAUGAAUUAUUAUAAACGAAAAUUGAGCACACGAAAACUCAGGUAUGAUUGUCCGGAUUUUAUUUCGGAAUGAUCGGUUAAAAUUUUCGUCUUCUAACCACUGGACUAUCACGAAAGAUUUGAAAAGUAUCUAACAAUAAAUAUGUACCAUUCAUAAAACUAAGUAUAAAAAAUAUAACAAUAUCGUCUCCGAUGACGUUGCUAUCACCUGCGUUCCUAUUUUUAUAUAUUUCGAGCUUUCUCAAUGUUUAUUUAUUCAACGCGAGAAUAAAAAAUGUAAUUGGAUUGGCUCAUCUUGAGAUUAGCUCGUUAUAACAAAAUUUUUAGCUUCAUAUAAUAGAAUUGGUAAACCUACUUCUAACUGUGUAUCUUCAAUGUAAACAUAUUUAUUCGAUCUGAUAUUAUUAACUGAUAUAUUCUUUUAAAUAAUUUACUUAUCAAAGAUAUUAUUUGUUAAAAUAAAGCAAAUCUGUAUAUAAUGCUAUAAUUGUUAAGGAAAAUGGUACAACUUGUAAAAUAUAUGUAAGUAACAAUCAUAUAAGCUAGCUAUAAAUAUUUAUAAUUUUGUUUAUAUUUGUACGAUAAUAAAUGCCUGUUAUAAUACACAUU